UGAAAUUAUUACUUGCUUUCCUUGUAAUUUUACUUACAUUCUCUGCUUUUGUUUCUGCUGAAGAGGCUUACUUUGCUUUUAAAACACAUCAAAGCGAUCAUGACUUUGUAUUCAAAUUAACUGACCCAAAGAAAAUUAAAAUGGCAAGGGACAUUUUAUCAGGAGAGGAAAAAAAUGAAGUACACGUAUUGGGAAGAAUUAAAAAGACUGGUAAAGACUAUAACCCACAUUACAGCUUCCAUUUAGAUCCAGAUCAAACUUCCUUUUUCCAAAUGGCUAUUGAAGUAUGUGACGCUAACCUUCAAUACGUUGAAGAUCAUCUUGAUGAGGCUUGUGGUGCUUUCUUACCAGGUUGUAUCUUCUGCCCAUGGUCAAGUAAAUUAACCAGAGAAGUUAAACUUCAUUAA